UUUAUGCAUGUUAAAUUUUGUACAAGAAAAUAUGGCGUUAAAAAUAGCCUUAGGCCUUUUUCGUAUUGAACAUUUAAUUGCUGCUGUUAAUCAACAAAAUAAUCGAAAAAUUGGAGAAAUUCCAAAAAAUAAUUCAAAUGAAAAAAUAUUUCCAUUUGGGCAAUUGUUGGUUUGUUUUUUAAAAAGUUUUCUUAAAAAUGUGUAGGGGCAAAACACCGUCAGACCAAAACACCAUCCGGAUGUUUU